GUACUAGCUUUGCAGAUUUUAUGGACCGUUCUCUAUUUGUUUGUUUCUCAGCAAUGGACAGGGGAGAUAAGAUUGCGGUUAUGAUAAUAUUGAAAAAAAAAAUCUAAAUUGUAGAUAUAAGUUAUAAUUAAGUAUGGGAAAAAAUAAACAAUCAUACCCCAACAAUUCUACUGCGAACACAUUGUAUCGCAUUAAAUCGAAAUAUGGAAAAACGAACGUCAAGACUUAUUGAAUGCCAACUAUCUACAGUUUGAUUCAAAUAAAGUGUAUUUACGGUAUUUAGACGCAUACUAGAGUAAUUCUGCUUAUGUUAGCAUAAUUAGGUAUGGAAAGUCAAUAGCGCUGGAACUACAAUCCUUGUUACACAGUUGAUAGAGUUCUUUUUGCUAGAUCAAAAAAUAAUAAGUUUAUUGUCACCAUCGAUUUGGUUGCGAAUUUAUAUAGGCAGAAUAGGCUAGCACCCUGUGUAACAUGAGGAACUUGAAAGACUCGAGUUGUUUCGGCAUAUUUCUCAUCCCAUUUCUUGAGUAUCGAAUUUGUCAUCUACCUACGGGUGCUGGACACAUUUGUGCGGUGAAAAAAAAAUGUUCAUCUAAUUUGUAAGAAAUUAAUUAAAAUGGUUCAACACAGAAACAAAAUCAUACUCACAUUAUUUUGUUACAGAUCUAGUCGACUCAUGCGACCUAUAGGCAAAUUGAUAGCGGAAAAAUUAGUGGAGAUGACCGAAGAAGGUCUUGACCCUUCAAAACUGGAACUGAUAGGGCUCAGUCUUGGAGGUCACACCAUCAGCUAUAUAGCCAAGAAUUACCAACAAAUGACAGGCAGAAACAUAUCAAAACUAACCGGUCUAGAUCCGUCUGGACCAUGCUUUAGACAUCUUCCACCAGAAGACAGGCUUUCUGCGUCAGAUGCUGACUUCGUUGAAGUAUUGCAUAUGAACAUUGAUGGGUACGGUAUGGCUGCUAGGAUGGGUCACGUAGAUUAUUACGUAAAUGGAGGAGAGUAUCAGCCAGGUAAUUUGUACUUGUUGCCUUGUUCGGGUUUCUGCAGUCACAUCAAACUUUUUCCUGUAUGGAUGUCAGCUGUUAAGAAUCCAGACCAGUUCAUUGCUAUCAAAUGUGACAGUAUCCAGCAAGCUAGAGACGCUCAAUGCUACUAUCGAGAGCCCAGGGAAACUAAUCUGUUAGGCCCGAAGGUUAACCAGAGUGUCCAGGGCAUCUUUUAUUUGUCUACCACUAGAGGACAUCCAUAUUUCUUGGGCGCUAAAGGGCUGGAUCCUAAAUAUGCUGCUUGGAAGCAUUACAGCGAAUUGAACGCGCGUAAUAAUGAAGAAUUUUACACGACAUUUUUUGGGCAAUGAGAAAUAGGUGCAGCCGUUACGUGAUGUCAUUACCAAAGGAAUAAUAUAAACAAUUAUAUUAGAAUCGAAAAAGAAUAUGACUAUCAAUGGUAUUCAGUAAUAAAUGUUAUUAGAUUAAUUAUGAAGAAUAUAUUACUAAUCGUAACACGUUUAAUUUAGGUACAGUGCCCGACACGAAUCUAAAACACUACCACGCAGAAUCUAAAAAUAAAACAAAUCUUUGUAAAAAAAAAGAGUGUAAACUAAGACGGUAACUAUAUACAAGCGGCUAAAAGCAUAAUAAUAAAUAUAAAACCAGACAUCAAUAAAGUUUAAAUAAAUAUAUUGACGAGAAACGUCGCUACGAGUCUUACAAUCAAUAUUAAUAAAUCUGUUGGUAGAUUAUGAGUACUUAAAAAAUAUUAUGUCAAACGAUAUGUAUGAUUAUGAGUAAGCAAAUACCACAGUGAAAAUGACAAACGUUUAAUUUAAAAUAGAAAGUAAUAGAAAAAUAUAUUAAAUAUAGCUGUUUUCCCGCGACUUCGAACGCGUAAAUUAGAGCUUAUAUCAACCCUGUACGAUAGGCUGUGAGAGAAUAUUUAAGGCCCAGUAGUU